CCCUCCUCUCUCUAUACAUAACACAGACGUACGAGACGAGCGACCAAACCAAGCCACUCACCACAAUCCACUUCCUCUUCGAUCGUUCAACAGUCUGCCGCCGAGCUAAGACGACCAUGACAUCUAUCGUCGACGCUCCGGUUCAAGGUGCAGCUGCUACUACGCGGGAUCACGAGGAGGCAGCAGCAGCUGAGGACGUGGCCAGGAAGGCGGCCGCGGCAGAGCAGGAGGCGGCGAGCCGGCGUGACGUGUUCCUGCUAGCCGGGAUCAGGAAGCUGAUCAAGAGCUUCAGGAGCCUGUCCCACAUCUUCGAGAUUUACAAGGAUGACGGCGACGAGGACGACGACGAGGACGACAUUCAGAUCGGGUUCCCCACGGACGUGCAGCACGUGGCGCACAUCGGCCUGGACGGGUCCUCCAGCAGCAACGUCGCCGGCCUGAUCAGGGGGAGGGAAGAAGCCGGGGCCUCAUGCAGGGAGCUGCUCUCCCUCUCCACAAACCUCUCGCUCGAGCAGUUCGAGUUCGCCAUGGCCUCGCUCGCCGCGCACCGGGAUCAGCGCAGCGCCGUGCUGGAGGAUCGAGCUGCUGCCCGCAAUUAAUUUAUCAUUAUCAGUCAGCAACUAAGCUACUGUAUAUCCUUCAGGGCGCCACGCACGUACGUACUGUUUGUGACGAUCGACCAUGGUCUUCCAUGGAUUUUUAUUAGUGAUUUGCGCCACCCCUGUCGCUCUUUGUGCUGCUGCUCAUUCUUGCACUUGAUGUUUUUGUGUUCAGCGUACGUUCAAGAGAGCAUUUUGCUUCACACAAAUUUCAUUACCAAAAAAUUAAUGACGUGAUGCUUAUGGUA